UGUGUGUGUGUGUUUUUAUGUGUGUGAGACAGAGAAAGAGAGAUCACCAUGACUACACUGUGGGCUUUUCUCUCCAUAAAUCAGGGCAGAGUCCAUCUGAGAAACAAAACAAGUGAAGCAGCGAGAGGGAUGGAGAGAGAGAAAGAGAGGAUAACGUACAGAGAGAGAGGUGCAGUGUGUCUCUGGCGUCUGGAGCUGCUGAGAUUCAACACAGUCAGCGUCUCUUCGGCUCAGCUUACCUACAAUUAUUACCGAAGCAGGCGACUGCCCCUGAGCCCUGAUCCCCCAGGAACCCCCAAAACCUCAGUGAAACAUCAAAGUGCCAAACAGACUCUCACAGCUGACAUGGGGAGUGCCAGUACCACGCCGCCCCGCUGUCAGACACCCUGUCAGAGACCCUCUGCACCCGCAAAAUGCCGCGCAGGCACUCAUGGCGGCGACGACGGCCGCAGAGCCGAAGUGACUGAGGUGUCACUGAGCCUGACACACACACUCAGGACCUGGACCCAGAGGCAGACACACACUGUCGGGACUGUUGCACAUCUGAAAGGAGGACGUUUAGGCGGGAGAGUGGACAGACUCUUAACGGGGCAACGGACAAAAUUCCUCCUCUGCAAGAUCCUCUUUCAGAACAAGUUCCUCUGCUCACCAUGCAGAUGUCCCAUCUAACCAGCAUGAGUCACUUACUAAAGUGCUAAGGACGUGAUCCCUCACUGACUUCCCACCCAAUCCAAUCGUGUUUGUUGAAAUGCACGACCAAGACAACCAAACUGGAGGUAUCACUACUGGGAAUGAAACUUAAGGUCUUUUCUUUUCAUGCACCCAACAAUGACUGAAUGAAUGAAUUACGAGGAAAAAUAUUGUUGACAACUUUUUCUACACAA